AUGAAAUAAGUGUAUCUCUCAUCAUAUCAAAUCACUUAGCUUUUUGAAUCAGGUUCACUCACAUAUACUGAAGAAAAUGAACAGACUGAUCCUUAAAGUGUUGUUGUUAGUAAUUUUUAAAUGUUUCACUAUUUUUUAGUCUCUCAAAAGGAAUACUAAAAUUUACAAUAACAACAUGAGAGAAGAAAAGAUUUAGAAAAGUAAUACAAUGAAUAGAUGAGUAAUUUAAAUAUGGAAAUAAAAAAAAUACAAGAGGAAUUGGUAUCAUUUAAACAUUAAAGAGAAUUAAUAACUUCUAAAGAUUGUAAUGAGUCAAUUAAUUUUAUAGCUUUACUGCAUAGUUUGAGAUUGUAGUUUCAAGAAGCCAAUUAAAGAGAACAUAGAACUAUUUUAGAAUUGUCAAAAUAGAAUGAGUAGCAAUUAUAGUUAAAAUAAUAAUUUGAUUUCAUUUAGGAAAAAUAUAAUAAUCUUAAAAAGUAAAGUAAAUUUGAAUAAGACAAAAAAGAAAAACAAAUUGAAUAACUUAAUUUAUCAAUCUUAUAGUUAACCCAAGAGAAUGAAAAAAUUAAAUAAAGUAGAUUCAUUAGAAAACAGAUUACUUAAAUAUAAUUAAAAAGCAAUUGUAAUGUUGCAUUUAGAAAAAGAACAAAUUAAUGA